AUGCACCUCUGUUCACGUCUCCUCGACACUCGAUUGAUGAUCGUCUGCGAAAGCAUGAGAAUCAACCCAAGAGAGCCGGUGUGGGAGCUCUCGCAGACCACGGUGCACACCCCAAAAUCCGUCACAGAGUCGUUCAUCGUCCCAAGCCCCUCUGCAAACAAGAACGAACCAGACUCCAAAAUCGCAACUCCCCAGGACUGCUACAUCAAAGCCUCGUGCCGGGUCCAAGGCAACCCCUAUCGAUACGAGUUCUUCAAUGAGCCAACACCUCACUCGGAUGACCUGGAGCACCUAGAUGUGCGCGCGAGCGAUCACGCUCCCGACUCAAUGCAGCCCAACAACUCUACAGCCGCUCCUGUCCGUCAAGUCCAGCCGUCAAAUGCUGCAAAGGACAUCAUAGUCAAGGCCAUUGCUGUGGCCGAGAGUGACAUCUCACGCUACAAGGGAUUGCAUGGCAGAUUCAGCGAUGACAUUGAGCAACUAACGAGUCAAAUCAUCAGGGAUUUGGAGCGCGCUGGCCUAGCUACUAUCCAGGUCGCAGCGACUGAUGCCUCAGUGACCAGUCCGAGCAGCCACGACAUUUCCGAGUUUAUCCAUAGACUUCAAGGUGCGCUCUCGCAUCACGAGGAUCGCGUGCUCAAAAGGCUCGAGUCACAUCACACAGGCAUGAGGCACCACGGAAGCAGGGUGGGCAACGAAAUCAAGUCAUUGAUCAAUAGCCAGACUACCAAGGUUACGUCCGAGGUUCAGCAACUCGGUCGUGCGUUUCGAACGCGCACGUUAGCUCGACAGUCGGAAUUUACGCCACCAAAUUCACGAGCCGCAGGAUCCUCUGGAAGAAAGAGACCCCGGACUUCGAGCCCCUCCAUCAUGGUGGAGGAUACCAACAACUGAGAGCAGACGGACCGGUCUCACGCUUGCUGUCUUGAUGAGGAUCUUCAUUUUGUCUCGUUAAACCUUUUUGAUGUUGGACCAUGAUUCGUUCGAUUCUUUAUCCCAUGUUUAUGAUUGUUUUUUUUUUUUC